CCUGUGUUGAGACCUACAGACCUGAUGGUGGAGGUACGUCCUAGGAGGGUGUUCUCCAAUGGUCAUACCUACCAUGUUAACUCCAUAUCGGUCAACAGCGACGGAGAGACCUACCUGUCAGCUGAUGACCUGAGGAUCAACAUGUGGAACCUGGGGAUCACAGACCGCAGCUUUAACAUAGUGGACAUCAAGCCAGCCAACAUGGAGGAGCUAACAGAGGUGAUAACAGCAGCAGAGUUUCAUCCUCACCACUGUCACCUGUUUGUCUACAGUAGCAGCAAAGGAUCUCUACGUCUCUGUGACAUGAGGGCCUCGGCACUUUGCGACAGACACACCAAACUCUUUGAGGAACCAGAGGACCCAGGAAGUCGUUCGUUCUUCUCUGAGAUCGUGUCGUCGGUGUCGGAUGUGAAGUUCAGUCACAACGGGCGGUACCUGCUGACCAGGGAUUACCUGACGGCCAAGGUGUGGGACUUACACAUGGAGAAAGGCCCUGUCGAAACCUACCAGGUUCAUGACUACCUGAGGACUAAGCUGUGCUCUCUGUACGAGAACGACUGCAUAUUUGACAAGUUUGAGUGUGUCUGGAACAGCUCCGACAGUGUGAUAAUGACUGGGGCGUACAACAGCUUCUUCCGGAUGUUUGACAGGGAGACGGGGCGGGGCGUGACCCUGGAGGCGUGGCGAGAGACCAGUAAGCCGCGAGCUGUACUGCGGACGCGACGAAUCUACACCGGGGGCAAGCGUCGUCGCGGCGACGUGGGGGUGGACAGUCUGGACUUCACUAAGAAGAUCCUCCACAUGGCCUGGCACCCCGAGGAGAACAUCAUCGCUAUAGCCUCCACCAACAACCUCUACAUCUUCCAGGACCGGGUCGGCCCCGACACACAGGGUCCAGACCUGGGUUCAAAUACCAUUUAACACCGGGUCGGCCCCGACACACAGGGUCCAGACCUGGGUUCAAAUACCAUUUAACACCGGCUCAGCCCCGACACACAGGGUCCAGACCUGGGUUCAAAUACCUUUUAACACCGGGUCGGCCCCGACACACAGGGUCCAGACCUGGGUUCAAAUACCAUUUAACACCGGCUCGGCCCCGACACACAGGGUCCAGACCUGGGUUCAAAUACCAUUUAACACCGGGUCAGCCCCGAUACACAGGGUCCAGACCUGGGUUCAAAUACCAUUUAACACCGGGUCGGCCCCGACACACAGGGUCCACACACACACACACACACACACACACACACACACACACACACACACACACACACACACACACACACACACACACACACACACAUCCUAACCCUAAACACACGCACACACACACACACACACACACACUGAUUGUUGCACACAAAUUGAAAGGAAAUAACAAAAACAUCAGAGACUCCAUGGAAUGAGUUGGACAGGCCUGAGAUCAGUCUAUAAGGUGAAUGAGUUGGACAGGCCUGAGAUCAGUCUAUAAGGGGAGUUGGACAGGCCUGAGAUCAGUCUAUAAGGGGAGUUGGACAGGCCUGAGAUCAGUCUAUAAGAUGAAUGAGUUGGACAGGCCUGAGAUCAGUCUAUAAGAUGAAUGAGUUGGACAGGCCUGAGAUCAGUCUAUAAGAUGAAUGAGUUGGACAGGCCUGAGAUCAGUCUAUAAGGUGAAUGAGUUGGACAGGCCUGAGAU